ACUACGAAGCAUCGUGAAAAACACCAAAAAGUUUGGGCGACAGUAAAUUUCAUGGAAAAAGACCACAGAAGAACGCAGUCCACACCAACAAAACUUGUGUGCUGUGACCUCUGGGAAUCAACAGAUUCUCCACCGUAGCAGAUGAAGCUAUUGCAGCUCUCUUUCUUCCAUUCUAUGCUAAAAUAAGACACACCAGACAUGGUUAGAGAAACCCUAGCUUCAUCGUCAUCAUCUUCCCCAAGUGGUAGCCCUGCCACCUCUAUCAAUCCGCCGCCACCGGAAGAUGCUUGGAUUAAUACCUACCAGAAAUUGAUCCCUCGCUGGCAAUCUCUCACUGCAUCUCACCAGUCAGCUAUACCAAUUGCAAUAUCUAGAGUAAAUCAGAUUGAUGCAGGCAGACUGGACAUUGAAAUGUCAGCUAUGUUAAAAGAACAGUUGGUUAAGAUCUUUUCUUUGAUGAAGCCAGGAAUGUUAUUUCAAUAUGAGCCAGAACUUGAUGCUUUCCUCGAGUUUCUCAUUUGGCGGUUUUCUAUCUGGGUUGAUAAGCCAACUCCAGGCAAUGCUCUAAUGAAUUUGCGGUAUAGAGAUGAACGUGCAAUUGAGAUGCGAGGAAAAGUCCGAACAGGAUUAGAGGGACCUGGGCUUACUGUUGCUCAGAAGAUCUUGUACUGUAUUGCAACUGUUGGUGGUCAAUAUUUCUGGGCCAGAUUACAAUCUUUUUCUGCUUUCCGGAGAUGGGGUGACUCUGAGCAGAGAUCUUUAGCACGCUGGGUUUGGCUGUUAAUACAACGUGUAGAAGGAAUUUAUAAGGCAGCAUCUUUCAGCAACCUCCUCCUAUUCCUUUACACUGGAAGGUAUAGGAGUCUUAUUGAGAGAGCUUUGAGAGCAAGGCUUGUUUAUGGAAGCCCUAACAUGAAUCGAGCUGUAAGCUUUGAGUACAUGAAUCGUCAGUUGGUGUGGAAUGAAUUCUCGGAAAUGCUGCUACUGCUUCUUCCCCUGCUCAACUCAUCAUCCAUAAAAAACAUUCUUCGUCCAUUCUCAAAGGACAAAUCCUCAAAUUCUGCAACUGAUGAAACCUUGUGUCCCAUCUGUCAAGCGAUUCCCACGCUUCCUUUUUUAGCCAUCCCUUGUCAGCAUAGGUUUUGUUACUACUGUCUUCAAACUCGGUGCUCUGCAGCUCCAUCAUUCCGGUGCCCAAGGUGUGGCGAGCUGGUUGCAGCAAUGCAGCGACAUGGUGGUUCAGCCAGUACGUAAACGAUGAAUAUUUGAAAGGUCAAUCACAGUAAUUGGAGCUAUAACGGAGAUAUAGUAAUACUAAAAAAGCCCGAAAGAUGGCAUUACUUACGAAUCACAAUCAAAAUUCAUUCCAAUGAGCAAACCAAUUUUUUUUUUUUACAACUUUAUAUGCUCAGGUGAAGUAGCUUUCUUUAGAUGGCAUUCAUUGAUUCAGCUUUGCAGGAAUGUGCAUAAAUCCCUUCUUUACUACAAAUCCAGUUGGUCCCCACCCCUUUAAAAAAAGUACGGAGUAAUUUUUAAUGUAGAUCAUAUUCACAUUAUGUGUACGUUUGUGACUAUAAUUGCAUAUAUAUAUUUUCAAAUCUUAACAA